CUCAGGAUAUGCGCGAUCCUAUGUUCUCUCCAUUCCAAACAUGCCCUGAAUUCUCAGGAAAUUUCCUAACAUAUUGUAUUUAAAACAAAUUUUCAUUUGAUACUGAUUUUCCAUUUUUUUGUGAGAAAUUAUUCAGGAUUCAUCAAAAGAUGCCAGGAUCAAGAAGGAUGAUACUCAAACACGUCAUGUCCAACAUUUGGUCAAGGAUGCAUAGAACGAAACAGAUGCCUAGCGAUAUCAUGGAAACACCACUCAAUCGUUGUUUGAAUACUUUUGAUAUAACUUUAUUAGGCAUUGGACACAUGGUAGGAGCUGGAAUAUACGUAUUGACAGGAACAGUAGCAAGAGACAUAGCAGGUCCUGGAAUAAUUUUUUCAUUUUUAUUAGCCGGCUCAGCUUGUAUACUGUCGGCGCUGUGCUAUGCUGAGUUUGGAACAAGAAUACCAAAAGCUGGUUCGGCCUAUAUCUACACGUACAUCAGUAUUGGAGAAUUCUGUGCCUUCGUCAUUGGAUGGAAUAUAUUACUGGAACACAUGAUAGGAGCAGCGUCAGUAGCCAGAGCCUGGAGUGGCUACGUAGAUUCCCUUUUCGAUGGUGUUAUCAGCAAUACAACAGUUGCCAUUACUGGAGAACUACAUGAAGCCCUUUUUGGACGCUAUCCAGAUAUACUAGCAUGCUUGGUAUGCCUUACCUACGCCUCACUUCUUGGCAUCGGAGUUAAAGGAUCUGCAAUAGUCAAUAGCAUACUGACAACAGUUAAUUUAUGUGUUAUGGGUAUUGUAAUAUGUGUAGGAUUUUAUUACGCAAACUUGGAUAAUUGGACAAAUAUCCGAGGAGGCUUUCUUCCAUACAAAAUCGAAGGGGUGAUCGCUGGGGCAGCAACUUGUUUCUAUGCCUUUGUAGGGUUUGACAGCAUUGCUACUUCAGGUGAAGAAGCUAAAAAUCCAAGUUUUUCCAUUCCAAUAGCUACAGUUGUUUCAAUGGGAAUUGUAACAUUGGGUUAUAUAUUGGUUGCAUCCGCAUUAACACUUUUGGUACCCUACUACGACAUAAACCCUGAGGCAGCUCUACCAGAAGCUUUUGCACAUGUUGGAAUGCAUUGGGUGAAGUAUGUGGUAUCACUUGGUGCAUUAUGCGGAAUGACGACAACCUUAUUUGGAUCUUUGUUCUCUCUCCCAAGAUGCAUUUACUCCAUGGCUCAAGAUGGACUUCUUUUUGGUUUUCUAGGAAAUGUAAAUGAUAAAACCCAGGUGCCUCUAGCAAACUUAGUGAUUUCUGGAAUUCUUACCUCUCUUAUAGCCUUAUUAUUCGAUUUAGAAAAAUUGGUGGAAUUCAUGUCGAUAGGAACACUUCUGGCUUACACCAUAGUCAGUGCCUCGGUCAUCAUAUUGAGGUACAGGCCUAAUUAUGAUGCAAAUAGGAAAAUCAUCUCAUCGCCAACUUCUGAGUGCUCUGUGUCGACGUCUGAACUUACAAGUCCUAGUAGCGAGAUUGUUAACUUAGCAGGUACCUUACGAAUUCAGUAUAGUUGGCUAGCUCCAGUUUUCGGUAGGUUACAAGCAGGAUCUGCAGUAUACAGUUCUGUUUUCAUCUUCACAAUAUUCAGUGCAGCUCUAUGUAUCAUGCUACAAGUGUCUAAUAGGGAACUAGAAGAUGGGAUGUGGUGGUCUAUGGUUCUGGCUGGCUUCUUCAUCUUCGUAAUGGCUGCGUGUUUGCUGGUCAUCAUAGCACAUCACCAAAAUAACUCAGUUAAUCUAAGGUUCAAAGUUCCAAUGGUUCCCUUCCUUCCAGCUCUCAGCAUAUUAUGCAAUAUUGAAUUUAUGGUUCAUUUGAAUAUUCUUACGUGGCUGAGGUUCUUCAUAUGGAUGGUACUAGGUAUGCUCAUAUACUUCUUAUAUGGUAUUCAUCAUAGUAAAAUGGAAGAUUUCAAUUCAUCUUACUCUGUAUUGAUGACGUCAUCUGAAGCCGUGAAAGAAAAAUGGGGAUCCACAACAAGGACAAAUAUAAAACAAACUUUAUUCAAGAGAAAAGCAUCUGGUGACCGAAGAGCUAUUAUUGAUGGAGAAGAUAGUGACUGAGAUAAUUUAAUGCACAAAGUAUAAAUUUCUACAUUCAAUAUUCAUUUCUAAGAAGUAGAAGGAAGAAUCAUAGAAAAGUAACCGAAAGACUAGGAAUUCACCCAUAUAAUCAAAAUACGAAUCAAAAAGCUAUAAAUAAGACAAACUAAGUUCAAAUUCAUUUCACUUGAUUUAUUCUAACCCAUUUUUUUCUUUUUUUAAUCAUCGUAAUCGAAUAACGAAUUCGGUUAUUGGUAAAAAUUGUUAUGGAUUGCAGACAAUGGCAUGUCAUGGUUGAUUUUGAGAUGUUUGUUAUUGAUUGAUAGAUUUGAUGGUGAGGAAUUAUAAUUGAAAUAGUAUGGGAUUAUGUACAUGUAAAAUCUGUAGAGAUAAACCUUAUUCGUUUGAUAACUUAAUUUCUCAUAUAUUUUCGAUGAUAAUGCUUUCCAUUUAGACUGAGACAUUGGUUGAAGAAAAUACGCACAAAUGUUGCUUUCAUUCAGGAAUUCAAUUCAUUUUGAUUACAUUCAAUAUUGUUGUUUUUUCAAAUUGAUUGGAAAACUUUACAACUUAAUGUAAUCAUGCUUGAGCAAUUGAUUUAUUUGUUUGUUUUUAUUUUAAUUUUGUUGUCUACUUCACUAGUUGAAAUCAAGUGAUUUCAAAAGAUAAUAUUGUUUUUAUAUAAAUACUAUUUUGUCUGUUAUUUUUGAGGAAAAUGUUUAUGAAUAGAGUUUAAUAGUUGUUAUUAUUUCAAUUAUUACCAUUGUAUUAGAUAUAUUUGCAACAAGGAAUGUGAAAUAAAAGCAUAUUUUAUAUUAA